AUGUCCCCAGGAGCCCUCCUUGUGGACCUUGAGACCCCUGAGGAGAUGCUGGCUUGGAGACCGGGCAGGAUCAAGUCCUCGAAGCAGUACCUGCGCCACAUCAUUGCAGAAUAUGAGGCCCUGGACCAAGAACUCCCGUGCAUCAGGAAGUUCCCCACCCCGCCCGCUGCCCAGCCCCUCUGCUUGUGCUUGGAGACUCUGCCCGAGGAGGACCUCACUCACCUGGAGGUGCUGGAGGCGCUGGAGGCCGAAUUACCUGGGGCCAUGGAGAGUGGCCGCGUAAGCAGCAUCCGCUUCGAGAACAUGAACGUCAUCUGUGGGACUGCGGGGCGCAGGGACCGGUGGCUCAUCACGGUCACGGAUUUCCAGACUCGCUCGCGCCUGCUGCGCUCGGGGCUCCACCUGCGCGGGCUCGCGCGCCCGCUCGUGCGCCACGACGAACUGCUGCUGGGCGAUUACCGCCUGCACCUGCGCCGCUCCCUGGUCCGACGGCGCAUGCUCGAAGCUCUGGGGGCGGAGCAGGCCGAAGAUUGA